AUGCGAUAUAAUUGCCUACGAUUUGCAGCAGAUUUUCACAAUCAUAAUGAUACUCAAGAUAUUAUAUCAUAUUGUAUAAGUGAAUCGUCAUCGAAGUUUUCUGUUGAAAAUGAUGACUCAAUUGAUUUUGAUGAUCUUGUAAAAGAAAAUAUCACAAGUGAGCAAUUAUUUGAAUGGUCAGUACCAAUCGAUAUCAUUGAACAAUAUGAAUAUUAUCUACAAUCAAAUGAUUUAUCUUUGAAAAGCCAAUCUGUUUACAUUUGUACAUUACCAAGAUUUGGAUCUAUGUGUCAAUAUCAAUUCUAUUAUUAUCAUGAAACAUUUGAAACAUUUAAUAAACUAUUAAACAAGUAUUAUGAUUUUUACCCUCUUAUUCGAAGCGAUAUUACUUGCUAUACUCAUUUGAAAUGCAAUCGUGGUCUUUUAUCAGCAUGUUUAGAUUGGUCCGAAAUUUGUGAUGGCGUAGUUAAUUGUCUUGAUGGAAAUUUUGAUGAAGAGCAUUGUUGGCAACUUGAAUUAAAUGAGUGUGAACAAAAUGAAUAUCAAUGUGUCAUGGGACAAUGUAUACCGAUUGAAUUCUUUUAUGAAGGUCGCACAAGUUAUGACUGUCUUGACGGUUCUGAUGAAAAUUUGAGCACUUCUAUUAUACGUAGUGACCCAGACUUUUCAUCCGAUUUUAUCGAUCCUAUGCUUUUAGUAGAAGAUGUAAGAUGUGAAACUACAUUUUUAACAAGCAGCUGUAAUUUUCUUCGUCCGGCUCAUCUCAUGAAUGCGAUGUUUUCAGUAGAAGACAGUUCUGUAUCGGAUAAAUGUCGGCUCGCUUUUAAACGCUAUUUGCAAGAUUAUCAAUUUUUUGACAAUAUAGAAAAAGAUAUAUCUAUUAUAAGAAAAGAAUGUCCAGAUGUACUAUAUGUUCCCAAUGUUCCAAUAUUCUUUGGCCAUGUUUUUACAGUUUAUAAGAAAAAUGAUGUGCUGAAUUCAAACGAUCUCGCCGUACCCUAUUUAUGUUCAAAUAAAUCUUUUCAUGAUGGCUCGCUUGAACCAGUUUCAGACAUGUCAAUAAACAAUAUGAGCUGUUUUGUUUCUCCUCGGCCUAUAAUUGAUGUCCGAGAGAAUAUGUCUGACCCAGACUAUAUAAUUGAGUCAGAACGCACAUAUUUCAAAAUCAUGGUAAGUAUUUUUGAUCAAAUAACAAAGUCUAAUCCAAUAGUUAAUUUUCCUUCGAAUCAAUGUGAUACAUUCAAUUUAUAUCAAUGCAAAAAUUCAUCGAAAUGUAUUGGACUCCAACGUUUUGGAAAUACAAUUCAUGAUUGUCCAUAUGGUGAUGAUGAAAACAUAUCCAAGGACAUGAAUCCUCAGUUAUUUGCUCGAUUAAAAUAUAAAUUAUAUCAUUGUUUCUUCAGCAACAAAUAUAUCUCACGGAAGGCUAUUCGCGAUGACGAAUGUGAUUGUGGUUCUGAUGGCGACUUUUGUGAAGAUGAGCAUGAUCUGACGAAUUUGACUCUAAGAACGAUAUCGUUCCAGACAUUAUGUGAUGGCUUUGAGACAUUAUAUCCAAUAGAAAUCAACGGUCAAAAUCAUACAGAUGAAACUGAAUGCGAACAAUGGGAAUGUGACAAUAUGUAUACUCAUUGUGAUAGAGUAUGGAAUUGUCGGAAUGGUAGAGAUCAAUUGGAUUGUAAUGAAACAUCAUUUGUAUUUAAUUGCUCUUCAGAUACACAACUAUGUGUCACACUGAAUACAUUUAAAUUUACAUGUUUAUCACUUGAUAAAAUUAAUGAUGGCCAAGUCAAUUGUCUCGGUGGGAUCGACGAACUAAGACUAUGUCGUCGUAAUUUAUUUUCUACGGAUACUGGUUUUUAUUGUCGGGACACCAAUCCACCAGUUUGUAUUGACACUUCUGAAUUGUGCAAUAACGUGGAGGACUGUCCAAAUAAAGAUGAUGAACAAUUUUGUUCACAAAAGCAAUCAGUCACAGUCGUCAAAGACACAUCUGAAUCGGAUCCCAUUGCAUUGUACGUUAAUGUGCAAGAAUUUUUUCGAUCCCUUUUCAGCGACAGUUAUAUAAUAGGACAGAAAUAUUUCAGGAUUCCUGGUAUGGGUAUGAUAGAUACAUCGAUGGAACUCAAUACAAAUAUUACAAGUGAUGCAGCUGAAGUUUCGCUACUUGAUAAACGCCGUUGUCAUCGUGGUCUUGAUUUACGUGUCUGGUUGAAUGAGCGAUGGAGCGAUUAUACAAGUACAUGUCUUUGCCCACCAGGUUACUACGGUAAUCAAUGCCAAUAUCAAAAUGAACGUAUAAGUUUAGCAAUUCGAUUUUAUGUCUCAGCUGAAUCAUGGCGAAUUCCACUUGCAAUAUUAGUUUUAUUGAUCGAUAAUACAAAUCAACGAAUAAUUCAUUCUUUUGAGCAAUUCACUUAUUUAUACUUACGACAUUGUAAAACCAAAUUUAAUCUUCAUUUAUUUUAUUCAACUCGACCAAAAGAUAUGACUAGAAAUUAUUCAAUUCAUAUUGAUGUUUAUGAAAAACUCUCUCGUGAAUAUCGAGCAAGUUUUAUUUAUCCAGUGAAAUUUUUAUUCUUACCAGUUCAUCGUUUAGCAUUCAUUAUUAAUAUUCCAUCAGCAAGAGAUUAUUCUUGUUCAAAUCAUCAAUGUCAACAUGGAAAAUGUAUGAAAUAUGUCAAUGAAGAAAAAAUAUUUUGUCAAUGUAAUCAAGGAUGGUCUGGAGAAUAUUGCCAUAUUCAACAUAACUGCAGCUGUUCAUCAAAUUCUUCAUGUAUUGGUAUUUUAAGUGAUAAUCGAUCAAUUUGCGUGUGUGAAAAGAACCUAUUUGGCCCUCGUUGUUAUCUUAAGAAUCGAGUUUGUGAGAGUUUUCCAUGUCUAAAUAAUGGUUCAUGUUUGCCCAAUGAUGAUUAUAUGAGUUUUAGUGAAGAAAAAUAUAGCUGUUUACGUCCAAAAGGUUUUAGUGGGGAUCGAUGUGAAAUAGACGACAAUGAAGUUAAUUUUAUAUUUGAUGAUGAUCUUCAUUUAACAGAAUCAAUUUUUAUUCAUUUUAUGGUAAUUAAGCAAACUGAUGGCCUAGAGUACGAACCAACUGUGGAAACAUUAAAGAGAUCAACAAUAUCUCAAGCAACAAAUUCAAUCAGAAUCUAUUGGUCAAAAUCAUUUUAUUUAAUUUUCAUUGAAACAUUGGAUAAAAUCUUUUAUUUAGGUAUUCUUCAAUCAAAUAAUAUUCCUUUAACAAAAAUAACUCAAAGAAUUAAUUCAUCACAUCAUUGUCCCUCAAUCAAUAAAUUAAUAAAUGAAACAUUUGCUCGACUUCAUGUUCUUCGUCGAAUGAAAUACUAUCAUUCAAUUUGUCAAAAAUAUUCUCCUCAUUUACAAUGUUUCCAUGAUGAUUUACAUCUUUGUUUAUGUUAUGAUUUUAAUGAAAAACGUUUAGCAAAUUGUGCUAAUUUUGACCAUGAAAUGAAAUUUGAUUGUUCUGGACAAAAUGCUUGUGAAAAUGGAGGUCAAUGUUUUCAAGAUGCGCCUGAAUGUCCAAAACGAUUUAUUUGUGCUUGUCGUUCAUGUUACUUUGGAAUUCGAUGUCAACUUAGCACAAGUGAAUUUGGUUUAUCAUUGGAUGCUAUUUUAGCAUAUCAUAUUAUUCCAAAUGUUAAUCUUAUUUAUCAAACAACAAUUGUUAAAAUAAGUUUUUCAGUAACAAUUCUAUUCUUUAUCUUUGGGAUAAUCAAUGGUAUUCUUUCGUUCAUUACAUUUAAGAAUCAAAGUGUACGCGAAGUUGGUUGUGGAAUUUAUUUAUUGGGUUCAUCAAUAACAACAUUAUUAACAAUGAUCAUGUUUGCAUUAAAGUAUUUUGUUUAUCUUUCAACACAAAUGGCAUUUUUUUCUAAUAAAUCAUUUCUUAAAGUUCAAUGUUUUUCAUUAGACUUCCUUCUUCGAAUUUGUUUGAAUAUGGAUCAAUGGUUAAAUGCAUGUAUUGCUUUAGAAAGAGCAGUAACUGUUAUUCAAGGUGCUCAAUUUAAUAGAAAAAAAAGUAAAACAUCAGCAAAGAAAAUUAUUAUUAUCCUUUUAAUUUGUAAUAUUUCAACAUCAAUUCACGAUCCGAUUUAUCGUGGAUUAUCAGAAGAAGAAAAUGAAAAUAAUGAACAUAAAAGAAUUUGGUGUGUCGUUAAUUAUUCUUCAAAUUUACAAAUUUAUAAUCGCAUUAUAAAUACAUUUCAUUUUUUUAUCCCAUUUCUAGUUAAUUUGAUUUCAUCGAUAAUUUUAAUCACAAAAAAAUCUCAUCAACAAUCUAAUUUACAUAAAAAUCAACCUUAUUCAGAUGAAUUACGGAAACAACUUCGAGAACAUCGACGGUUAUUAAUUGCACCUGUGGUUUUAUUUCUUGUCGCAUUACCGCGUUUAAUUCUAUCUUAUUUAUCGAAAUGUAUGAAUUCAACACGUGAUUCAGUAUUAUUUCUUUGUGGAUAUUUCAUUUCAUUUAUUCCACCAAUAAUUACUUUUAUGAUUUUUGUUAUUCCAUCAGAAUUUUAUAGAAAGGAAUAUCAAAAGUCAAUAACACAAUAUCGACAACGAAUUCAACAACACCUUCGACGAACAUUUUAA